AUGAACACCACAUCGAUACCGAUAGCAGCGCACUCCACCAAAGUCAAUCAGUCAAGCUUAGGCAUCGGAACCAGUGAACCACUCAUGGACGAUAUCCUCGGACAAUAUGCUCAAGCCAAUAGUGACCUCUUCUCACCGUCCUUGGAGAGCAAAUUGCGCGUUGCGAGGUACCUUCCGACGGACAAUCCCAGCGAGAUGCCAAUAUCGGAAUGGCAGGUGUACAGUGUACAAACAUUUGAGCUACGAAGAUUACAAGAGGCUUACGAUAGGAAUAAGCUUCCGGGAGACAAGGAAAAGGCGGUUCACUCCGCUGGCCAAGCAGGAUACUCGUGGCAUCCAUGA